AUGAGCGAUGAUGAAGAUUUCCAGGUCGAAGGACCCGAACUAGCAGAAGAUGAUCCCAUGAGAGCUUUCCUACCUACGUCUUUUGGUAAGAAAUCAAAGGAAGCAGAUGUAGCCGCCCAAAUCAAUAGAACAAGACGACCGGCAGAAGGAAAAGUCGAUGCACAAACAGUCGCCAAGGAAGCUGAACAACAGAAACCGGUGUCUGAGCCAGCGUCUAAGGAUUGGGGCUCUGACGAAGAUGAUGAGGAUUCAGAUAGCGACGGGGGUUCCGAGGACGAUGAUGAAUUUCCAGCUUCUCACGAAUUGAUCCUCAAGACGCAUGAUCGAGCAGUUACAACUACGACACUUGAUCCUUCUGGUUCAAGACUGAUAACCGGUUCCAACGAUUGUACCCUCAAGUUUCAUGAUUUCGCUUCUAUGACACCUACUACUCUCCGAUCAUUCAAAAGCGUGGACCCAAAUUAUUCGAAGACAUCAGCAAAUUCCGAGACCCAUCCGAUAAACCAUGUUGAGUUCAAUCCACAUGCCGGAGGAACAUUUCUAUGUAUAUCCGCGCACCCACAAGCGAAAUUAAUGAAUAGAGAUGGGGAUGUUAUCGGAGAGUUCGUGAAAGGAGAUAUGUAUUUGAGAGAUAUGAAUAACACGAAAGGGCACAUUUCGGAAAUUACCACAGGCACAUGGAGUCCGAUUGAUAAGAAUAUUUGUGUUACGGCCGGCACGGAUAGUACUCUACGAAUUUGGGAUGUAAAUGUUAGGAGAUGUCAGAAAGAGGUGAUCGUGCAUAAAUCCAAAGCAUCAGGGUCAGCUGGGAGGACAAGAAUGACGGCAGUGGUUUGGGGAAGUCCCGCCCAAGGAGGAAAUAAUCUACUCGUGUCUGCUGCGCUGGACGGAAGUUUAGUGAUGUGGAGUGGUAAUGGACCUUACGCAAGACCUACCGCUGAGGUUAGGGACGCCCAUAUGCCGGAUACUUGGACUGGUGGUAUUGAUAUUAGUCCUGAUGGACGAAUGAUUGUUACACGUGGUGGUGACAAUCUCAUCAAGCUUUGGGAUACUCGAAAAUUUAAAACUCCUAUUGUGACGGUUGCACAUCCCUCAACAUCAGAUGUGUAUUCCGUUACUAACAUUAAAUAUUCACCUAACGGCUCUAAUAUCAUUACUGGCUCGGCAUCAGGUCAUCUCCAUAUUCUGAAUUCGGGCAAUCUCAAACCGGAACUCGUUACUCCUGUGACUGCUGGCUCUCCUCUCAUCACCGUUCAGUGGCACUCGAAACUCAACCAAAUUGUCACUGGCUCCGCCAAUUCUGAAGUUCAUGUUCUUUACAACCCGAAUACAUCAGUCCGAGGUGCCGUUGACGUAAUGUCUCGUGCACCCAAGAAGCGCCAUGUUGAUGAUGACCCCAAUUUUACAACAGAUCAAUCUACGGGAGGUCUUGUGUCCAAUACUUCAGCUACAUCCUUCUCUGCAAGACAUCCUACUAUUGGGUUGACUGCGUCUGGUCGCUCUCGAGAUCCACGUCGACCUAAUCUACCAUUGGUUACACCUUUUGCGAAAAGUCAGCCGGAUGAGAAGCAUAUUAAUGAAAGUAUCACGCUGAGUAGUAUGCGUGAUGAGGAUCCUAGAGAAGCAUUAUUGAAAUAUGCCGAGCUUGCUAAGAAUGAUCCAUUAUUUACGAAUGCUUGGAAGGAUACUCAACCUACAACUCAGUAUGCUGAAUUAAGCGAUGAUGAAGAUGAAGGGCCAGACAAGAAAAAAGUGAAGAGAUGA